GGUCUUUUUGAAUUAUUACCGGAUGUGUUGGUGAAAUACAUAUGGACUGCAAUAUAAUGGAAUCAGCUUUUCUAAAUGCAGUUACAUUUCGUAUCGUGAUUUAGUGUUAAGUCUGUAAUUUUAACAUCUUAUCGUGUCCGAUAACUUUAUAAAUUAAGUCUCCAGCCUAAUUCGAACAGUUGGUUAGCUAAAAUGCUCAUAUGCUAAAACAAGGCUAAUAACCUGUGAGCAGGUAAACAAUUAGGUAAGAUCGCUUACACUGGGGUUGUAAAUAGUGUUAAUUAAAGUGUUUUGCUAAGUUGUUUAACUGAACAGACGGUAAACGAAGCGAUGAAGUUGUUUGUGUAGACCACGGUAGUUAGCCAGCCUUCUUUAACCGUUUACUUUAGAUCUCAUGAGCAGAGGAACAGAAUGCAGUUCGGUCUCACAACCAAACUGUGUUCUAGCUAAAGCUAACGUUAUUAAGUUCACGUUAUUAAACCUGUAGAGGUUGUUAUUUAGAUAUCUGGUGAGAGAAGCGAAAUAUUAUGAAGGUUUAGUUGUUCUUGUCGAGGCUGGCUUUUGUGGCAUAGAGACUACUUUUCAGUGAUGGAGAAAGUGGGAGAGAAAGACACGCAGUUCAGCAGCUCAGAGAACAGAGAUGAUGGACAAGCCGGAAGUAGGAGUGAGCCUGUAAAAAGUCUGGAUGAUCCUCCUGUGGACUGGUUUGAGCCUCUGGAGGAGGACUGGGAGGACGAGGAUGACCGUCAGAGCUGGGAUAUAGAUGGGAGCAGGGAUGCUGAGAUGGAAAGUCUAGCUGGAGAGAGUGAAAGAAGUGGCAGUAUAGCUGAAAGUGAGAGAAACUACAGAGGAGGAAGAGGAGGAGGUGCUGUGAGGAAAAGGAAAAGGAAGUGGCGACAUGCUGAUGGCUGGGAGGAUUGUCCUGUGCUUGGAGAGGGCUGGAAACGCAAAGUGGUUCUUCGCCGUUCUGGAUUGAGUGUGGGACAGAGAGAUAUUUACUACUUAAGUCCUAAAGGUGAAAGAGUGAGAAGUAAGAUCGAACUACUCAAAUACAUUGGAAAUACUGUGGACCUUACCAACUUUGACUUCAAAACAGGGAUUUUUCUCGAUGGUGAACAUUCAAAAAAAGCAACAAAGAAGAGGAAGAUGGACCAGUCUUCCCCAGCUGACUGUGGUUUCUCCUCAGAAUCCAGUUUUCACAAUGAUGCGGCAGAGGCAUGUGACAGGACCUACAGCCCAGGCCCUCCAUAUAGCCUCAGUCAUGUUGCACAGCAGAGCCUGAGUCCUUCCUCUAGUCAGAACGAUGUUCCCAGUGUUCUUGGCACAUCUAAUGAGAACCUAAAUCAGGCUCUUCUAAUCAAACCAGCAGCCUCCACACAGCAAAAUGUGCCUUCUAAUGAAGGCUUUUCUUCACAGACUAUAAAAGUGCCUGCUAACUUGGAGAAUGGACCUGCCAAUAUUCCAUCUAACCUCAGUGUUGGCACCUGUGUAAGAUGUUGGAACUGGUUUACAGGUGUAGAGGGACAGACUAUGUGUGAAAAAUGCAGCAAAGCAUGUAAUGCCUCUAAAGAUAACCGGAAAAUUACAUUUAGAAAAUGGCUUCCCUGUGGCUUUUGUCGAGCAUGUCAGCUCACUGAGGACUGUGGGGUUUGUGCAAGCUGCAAGAAUGGAAAACUAAACCCUCGGUACCGAAAACCUAUUAGGUGCCGUAAGCGGAAGUGCUUGUGUCCAUCCCUCAAGAGGAGAACAGAGUAUGCACUUCCAAAGGCACAGUGUGGUUCAGUAGUCCAUGGGUCAGAAAAAUUAGAAACUAUUAACAUGGCGUCCAAGCCAUCACUGCCAGACUUUACAGAAUCACAGUACAGUGACUCAGAUGAUCAGUCAUCAUUUUAUGAAAACGACAAUGAGGGAUUGCUGAGGAAAUUUCAGCGCUCCUGUGGACGAUGUAAAGGUUGUGUGGCAAAAGCAGACUGCGGAACCUGUGAUUACUGUAUAGACAAACCCAAAUUUGGUGGAAGCAAUAAAAAAAGACAGAAGUGCCGACAACGUCAGUGUCAACGAGAAGCUAAGGGUUGGACCACAUCAAGACCGCAUUAUGGUUACAGCCAUAAAAUCCUGAAACGGGACACAGAAAAGUGGGACUUUGAGUUCUCUGACAAUGAAUGCGAGAAGGAAAGAAUAGCAAAAAGUUCUGUUGUUGGUGUGCGCUAUGUGAAGAAAGACAAGCAUCGCAUCACACUUUACAAUGGACAGGAUGUGGAUCCUGAGGAAAGCCAGGCACUUUCUGAGGAUCAUCUUUUGAAUCUGUUCUGUGAUGAGUGGACUAGAGUCAGUGACAAGAAGUGGAAAUGCCCCCCAAACUCUAGAAAAAAUGCAGAGGAGCCAGAUGAGGAUGAAAUAGAGCCAACGAUCACACAAAUCUUUAGCCUGGGUGGCGACAGUGCUGCAGAUGAUGGUCUGGACCUAGAGCUGCUGGAGCUCUUGACAUCUCUGCGUGAUGCUCCACUGCCUGUGCUAUGGUGUGCCGUACUGGCUGAGGGCCCACGCCUGCAGUUACUUCAAUGCUCCAAACUAUCAGCCAUGACGGACACAAUGGUGCAGAUUGAGCCAAGCUUUCGUUACCACAUCAGUGUUCAGGGACAACCUCUGUUGCCUACACACUGGUUGUAUCAUGCUCACCCAGCCCGACUCACCUCAGUGGCACAGGUUACCACCCUGCUGGAAGACCUAGAGCGUUACUCUGUGUGCCGAGGCUUUAAGAGUGAGCCUCCCUUUGGCCCUGAGCCUAUUGUGCAGGUCCGGGCAGCCACCUGUGAGUUCCUCGUGGUGCCUGAGAACCAGAGCUGUGCCAGGUGUAAGAAUGCACAACAGAAACACUGAUCAUGCAUUACUGGUGGACUAUAGGACAUUUAAGCUCAUUUCUAUCAACACAGAUCAGUGUCAAAGUAGCAUAAGGAUAUAAAGCUGGAGCAAUGAUAUUCAAAAACCGUUGAAUGACUGAAUGACUUGAUUUUCCCAUGUUGUUUAUUAAAGAAUUGUCAGUUUGCCUAGUGA